CAUCAAAGUUUCCAAGAGGAGAAUUCCAAAUUUACUCCGUGCUCGGAAACCGACAAAACGGGGGAGAAAAGGGACGAGAAUCAGCAAGUCCUCUUCUUUGGUGUCAACAGAACAACGGCCUUUGAAUGUAGCGGUUGAGUUUUGCUAGUGAUUUUAAUGGGACUGUCAAUGGCCCGGGAGAAGGAAACCAUUGGAAAACGGUCGCCUUGAAUGCAAGUUAUUCACAGACCGAGGAAUCAUGAGUUCAGGUGUGAAGAAGCCUCCAGUUGCCCCCAAACCCAGAGUUAAACCACCACCCCCUCCCAUUGCCCCAAAACCGGACCCUCUCCGUUUGCAGCCAUCGCCAGCAGCGACCAAGAGGCCCAAACCAGCGUUGGCUCCGAAGCCAUGUCCCUCCAAGACCAGCUCCGUCCCUCCGCCAAAGUCUAGCGGGGCCAGGGCUCCUCCGAGCACACACACACCCCCGACUCCACACACAAGGCCAGACACACUCCACCUUCUGAACUCCAAGAAUGACGCGCAGAGUCCAGAGAGUUCACACACGCGCUACAUCAUCAGCACGUGUGUGUGCGGCGAGAGCACCUGCGCACAGUGUCAUCACCGCCUCGGCAACGGUGGCGGCGACACACACAUCCUCUCCUCCCCGCCCGGGCAGAAUGGAGGAGAGGAAGAGAGAGGGAGGAGAGAGGAAGAGGACGUUGGCGAGGACUGUGGAGACGGCCUGGUCGAAGACCUCACACACACUCCCACCCGUGUAAAGCGACAAGCAAACACACCAACAGGCCUCGAGGAUGUUACCCACGCACGCACAGACACGGAGCAGGCGACACACACUCCAACGAACCCGCCGCACACACACAGCUCCACGUCACCUGACUGUUCUCAGGAUUCACCCACGCAAAAUCACACGCCGCCCCCCCUCCCACACACACCCUCCCCCCUCCCACAAACCAGGACGCAACGACGCAGGUCACCUCCUAACACACACACACACUCCCCUGCGCACACACCCACGGACACACACAGCCCCUCGCUGGGGAGCCGCAGUAAGGGCGAGGGUGUGGGCCCACAGUGUGUGUGUGACCCGCCACGGUGUGUGUGUUGGGAGCGGAGUGCGCCCGUCUCGCCGGUCCCUGCUGCCCCCAGCAAGCCUCUCCCCAAGCCCAUUCCCCGACGGCCUCGGCGGUCCGAGCUUAAGAGACAGGACGGCUUGGACGCGCAACUCACACACACGUCCGGCAACAACGCACACGCCGACGCGCCAACACCCGCUGAAGUCCACGUACACUCUGAGACAGUGUCACUCAGCGAUACACCCCUCCCACACCCGGCCGUCGACUCAUACACCGACGGCGACGAAGACACACACCCCGACACGACUGCCGACGUACAUGUUGAAAACGACGUAGAAACACACACUCGUGAUAACGCUGAGGUUUGCCAUCUAGAGGCUGUGGGUAACCAUGGAGAUGCGGAACCCUCAGACUCUAUAGAGCAUACACCUGUUGAUGAUGUCAAUGAUGAUGACCCCGCCUCCAUACCUCCUGUCCCUCCCCCUAGACAGAAAUCCCUCUCUCACAAGACCAGCGCCUCUCUGGACAACCUGUUGAACCACUCGGACACACACGGACAUGUACACAGAGAGGAAAGGGAGGGAGAGGACGAGGAGAAUGAUGAUGAUGAUGAUGAUGAUGAUGAUGCUGCUGCUGAUGAUGAUGAAGGUAGCUAUGGGGACUUUGCCCGCUACCCCAUCACCAGGAGUCUGCCCAAGCAGAUCAAGUUCCGUUGUGUGCCUCGCUCGGUGUCGGCGGAGGAGAGGUCACCGAGGGUCGCGCCCAAGAAGCCGCAGAGACACAGCAUGCCGGCCAAACACACUCUCGCGCUCACCCCCGAACACGUUCCCCCGCACGCACACCUUCCGGUCCCCAUAACAACCUUCCCAGAGCUCCCCGCACCACCUCAAGACAAGCCCACCUGGCGUAUCCCGCUUCCCGCAAUCCUCUUCGGCCGCAACCAGUCGGCCCGCGCCGGCACCGGCAGCAGCCAACCACAGAGCGGCAAGCAGCGAGCGCGCUCCUUCUCGUCGGCGGACCUGGCGGCGCGCGUCGAGGGCUCGGAGAGUGUUAAGCGAAGCAGCUUCCGGAAGCUUCUGGAGUUGCGCAUGUCCGUGCGAAUGCUGCCCCGCUUGCUCAUCAAGAGCAGCCAAUCGCUGGACUGCACGAGCACGCAGACGGAGAUCUACGCUGACGCCAUGACGACACAGAACAAAAAGUGUCUUAAGGGCGUGACUAACGGACAAGGCGUGUCCCCCGGUAAGAGCUCGUCGCCAAACGACAGUUGCCUGGACGACCAGGGGAUGGCGGAAGAAGACCAGAGUGAAGUGGAAUACGAGAACGUUCCGCUAUACGAGGAGAUUCCGGAGUACAUGAACCUGCCCCUGUGCCGACUCAGCUGGAACCCGCCAGCCAAUGACGACGCAGAUGUCUACGAGGUGCAGGAACCCUACAAGCACAAAGGGAAAGACAACAGGGUCUCUGGCUGCAGCAGCCUCCAGCAGGAAGAGGAAGUGAGCUCGGACGAGGGAGAUGACAGUAGCUCCACCUCCAGCAAGGGAGACCUCUGCCAAUCAGAGGACAAGCAGCAUGAACAGGAGAUGAAGAGAACCAAAGUGGUGCACAUCGCCACGGAGAUCAUGAGCUCAGAGAAAGUGUUUGUGGAUGUGCUGAAGCUUCUGCAUAUUGACUUCCGGGAUGCGGUUGCCAAGGCGACGCGUCAGAGCGGCAAGGCCGUGAUCGAGGAGCGGAUUCUGAAUCAGAUCCUUUACUACCUGCCCCAGCUCUACGAGCUGAACAAGGACCUGCUGAGGGAGCUGGAGGAGAGAGUCGCACACUGGGCGGAGCACCAGCGGUUGGCUGAUAUCUUUGUGCAGAAGGGGCCGUACCUGAAGAUGUACUCCACCUACAUCAAGGAGUUUGACCGCAACAUCGCCCUGCUGGAUGAGCAGUGCAGGAAGAACCCCACCUUCCACAGUGUGCUGCGCGACUUUGAGAUGAGUCCUCGAUGUGCUAAUCUAGCCCUAAAGCAUUACCUUCUGAAGCCAGUGCAGCGGAUUCCUCAGUACCAGCUCCUCCUUACAGAUUAUCUCAAGAACCUUCCAGAGGACUCCACCGACUACAAAGACACGCAGACUGCCCUAGGGAUCGUGAAGGAAGUAGCCAAUCAUGCCAAUGACAUCAUGAAGCAAGGGGAUAACUUCCAGAAACUCAUGCAAAUUCAAUACAGCCUGAAUGGUCAUCAUGAAAUUGUCCAGCCAGGCAGGGUGUUCCUGAAAGAGGGCACACUAAUGAAGCUCUCCAGGAAAGUCAUGCAGCCGAGAAUGUUCUUCCUGUUUAAUGACGCCCUGUUGUACACAACCCCAGUGCAGUCUGGCCAGUUUAAGCUCAACUGUAUGCUCUCUCUCGCUGGCAUGAAGGUGAGUAAACCAAGCCAGGAGGCUUAUCAGAAUGAGCUGAACAUCGAGAGUGUGGAGAGAUCGUUUAUCCUGUCAGCGAGCUCUGCCACGGAGCGAGAUGAGUGGCUAGAGGCCAUCUCCAAGGCGAUAGAGGACUACACCAGGAAGAAGAUCACCUUCAUCUCCAGUCGCAGCCAGGAAGAGAACGAGCGUACAGCUGGAGACGACAGUGACUUUCCUCUGGGCUCCAAAGCUCCUAUCUGGAUCCCGGAUCUGCGCACCACUAUGUGCAUGAUCUGCACCUGUGAGUUUACCCUCACCUGGAGAAGACACCACUGCCGCGCCUGCGGAAAGGUUGUGUGCCAAGCCUGCUCCACUAAUAAGUGCUACCUAGAGUACCUGAAACACCAGCCUGCACGAGUGUGUGACCACUGCUACGACAAACUACAACAAAAGAGUGAUCACUCCGCGUCCUCCUCCAUCUCCCCAGGUGGGCGGGUUGGCUCCAGCGCCUUCUCCUUCAGCCGCAAGCAGAAGAAAAUCCCCUCCGCUCUUAAAGAGGUAUCUGCCAGUACGGAGAACUCCUCUAUGAGUGGGUACUUGAUGCGCUCGAAAGGCCACAAGAAGCCAUGGAAGAGGCUGUGGUUUGUCAUCAAGAACAAAGUCCUCUACACGUAUGCUGCCAGUGAGGAUGUUGCGGCACUAGAGAGUCAACCGCUAUUGGGAUUCUUCCUUCGAGAGGAGAAGCAAGGCCCAGCUCAGAAGCUGCAGUUCAAACUCUACCACAAGAAUACUCUCUACUACAUCUUUAAAGCAGAGGAUAUCCCUACAGCACAGAGAUGGAUUGAGGCGUUCCAAGAGGCCAUGAUUCUUUGACUCCAUCCUCUGAUUGGUUGAGAUUUUACCUCCUCAGCACCCCAUUAGCUGUAAGGGUCAUUCUCUCACAGGCUCUUCCUGUAUUACACUCCACUAAUAAGGCCAGAUUCAGGAAGUACAGCUCCUGUGCAAGGCCUGAUGGGACUUGUAGUACAAUACCAGUGUUUGUCUCCAGAUUUCUGUAUAGACUGACAUGUUCAAAGAAUGGAUUCCACCAUGAAAAGAAACAGGACGAGGUGGCAGGACUCACCUCAGUCAUGUCUAUAAAUGUCAAUCACUGGAGAAAGCCAAUCACAACAUUACACAUUUUUAUCAUAGAUAAUGGUUUAAUACCAUCCCACUUUGGUUUGCAUGAUAUGAAGAAACUGUUACCCAAUGAGAAAAAAUGGUUUGUUUCAGUAAAUACUCAGUUUUAUUUGCUUCAUAUUUAUGAAGCCAUGUUGGACGUACAACCCUUGAAGAAAAUAUCAGGGAAAUGGGGUCUGUUUAUGUUUGUGCCUGUAUGUGUGUGUGUGUCUAGGAGGAAUUGAGUGACUGUGUAUGUGUGUGUUUAUGUGUAUCUGUCUAUGAGAAAUAGAUGGUGAGUCUGUGUGUGUUGUGUGUACAAGAAAUAGUGGAUGACUCUGUGUGUGUGUGUGUGUGUGUGUGUGAGAGAGAGAGUGAGGACAUGCUUGUGUGUGAGAGGCUGCUGGCCAGGGAACCAGGCCAUUCCCCCGCACGGCUGACCAAGCCAGCUCAGUGACCCAGAAGGGAAGGGAGAGGGUGGGGUCGAGGAAAGGAGGAAGGAAAAGACUUUGGAAGAGGAAGAGAGAGGAAACAGCGAGGCACACAGAUGUUCUCACUGAAACCCUUAAUUUGCCCUCACUCACUCAGCAACAGAAAGAGAAAAAUGACCCAAACAAGCCCCACCGCACAGUCACUUAGUAUGCCAAAGAGGAUACAGCCCUCAAAGUGUACACUACAAGUACACACUACAAGUAUACACUUCAAGUGUACACCACUUAGGAAGGGCAAAGGAGGAAAGCUUGCUGUCCUUUGGUGCAGGUGGAGCUGUCAUGUAAUGUCACGUCACUUGAGGGUCAGAGGUUAAGUGAGAGAGCGUCGGUCGGUGUCGCAUCCGACUUGGCCUGUUGCCAUGGACACUGAGAGGAGUAGCACAUUGGGAGACAUUUUGUGUUUUUUUUUUUUUUUGCAAUGCACUGUGGGAGAAGCUCGCUAUGGUGGACUGAGCAAAUAGACAGGGAAAGAGUCUGUGAUUCUGAAAACCAACAUCGUUCAAAUGUUUUUAUUAGUUUUUUUUUUUAAUGGAAUUUUACAUUUGUGCCUCAAGCAAAUGCUUUUUAAAAGAAAAAAACUAAUGUAUAGAAGGUCAUACUGGAAAGAACUGGAAAUACGAGUUGUAUAUACAGAUUUUAACAUGUGAUAUAGUAUGUAUUUAAAAUUUGGAAGCCUGUAAAACAGGGUUUUUUAUGUAAUAGUGAAUCUGAAUGCUAGAAUACUGUGCCUUUCUGUCUGUUCGAGUCAAACUUUUUUAAGACCCCACACUACACUAAGUUUGACAUACCCCCACAUAGAUUCACCAUACGAUAUUUACAGGAUCAGCUUGCCUUGAGCAUUUUCACACAGUUAAAGCUGUUAUGAAGACAUGUAACUCCUCAUUUCACUUUUUGCAGUAAUACUUUAAAGACGUUUACUAUUGUGUUCAUAGUGUUAUCUUUAUUUUUUUGUAAUUUACCAGUUGUUAAUGCUCAUCAGAGGAGUUAUUAUUCGAGUUGUAUGUUUACUGAGGCCUUUCUUACACUGUAUAGCGACCUCUUGGUUUUAUUUGCAAUGCUCAGAGCAAGACCAGGCUAGCAUGUGAAAGACUAUCCCGAGUUGAGGUUUAGUCUCUGAGAAAAAGACUCCACUUCGUCCUUUUGGGCAUGGGAUCUGUGUCAUAAAUUAUCUCUCAAACUGUUGCAAUUCAGGUGGCACAAAUGCUUUAUUAAAUGAGCCGAACAGGUUAUAUGUAUGCUCAAAGUCUGAGUAGGCCUACAAAUAGAAAGCAAAACACAAAGGUUGAGUAAUAUAAAAUAGUCUGGUCUUGCUCUCAUUUGGUAAGGUUCUCAGCAAGUGUGUUCUGGGAGAUUUAUGCUAAAGCAUUUAGCCUAUAUGUUCCACAGGUGUUUUUAACCAUUCGUCUCUACUGAGUUUACCAGCACAAGUCAAUGCAGUUAAGUGUUCAGUGCUAGUUUUUCUUCACAAAUGUAAAGUGUACAAUAAUAAUUUUUAAAAAGUA